CUUGCUUUCUCAGAGAGAGAGAGAGAGAGAGAGGUGUGUUUUCUAACCCACGCAUCGGAGUGGGAGACAGCGUGUGCGCGCACACGUGCACAUACACACACACAGACACAGCGAGUGUGUCAUGCGAGCAGUGUGUGGGCUGAACCGAGCAGCCUUCCACUCAUCCCUUCUCUCUCUUUCUCUCUCUCUCUCUGUCUCUCAUCCCUCCAUCUCUUCGUCUCCAGAUACACCUCUUAUUCUUCUCAUCUUUCAUCAAACCACAUCUCUCUCUCUCUCUCAUUAGUCUUUUUUUUUUCUCUUAUCAGUUUGUCCAUGAUGGAGAACGGAUGGAGGUGCUGAUCAUCUGGGAUGGGCCGGGCUGCUCCCAGAACACAAUGUAAAACUGUGAGGCUGACUGCAGGAUUACUACACAGAAACAACAUUUUACUGCAAAUACUACCUGAUUUCCUGCAGACUUUUCACAUUCAACAAGGAACUACUGCGUUGGCUACUAAAACUACUACAUGAUCUGCCAAAAGUACUGCUCCCACUACUGCCUCACAGGAUUACUACCCAUCUUUACCAGGAACUCCUCCGGCAGCUGAGGUCCAACCGAUCAAAACCGACAAGUCGCACAAGAAUCUGGCACCUCAAGCUAAAACAGAAUUCAAACCAAAGCGCUGCACCAAAAUUCCAGUCCAGCUCUUUAGACCAGACCAGACCAGGAGAGACCUGAACAGACCCGUAGAACUCAGUAAAGGCUAUCGGAAAAGUUUGAUGGGACUGCUGACGAUAGCCACAUGCCUCUGAGUCCGGCUGCUGACACCAAACAUGAUCGCCCACGGCAACAGGCGGUCACUAACGGCAACCCGACAGGCUCUGCUGUUGCCAGGGAUGAUGACGUUGAUGACACGCCCCCUGGAAACAGCAUUGUUGUCCGCAUUGGCAUCCCGGACCUGCAGCAGACGAAGUGUUUGCGGUUGGACCCAGAGUUACCGGUUUGGACCAGUAAGCAGAGGGUUCUGGUGACACUGACUCAGUCGCUCUCAGAUGUUUUGAACUAUGGUCUCUUCCAGCCGGCCUUCAACGGCCGAGCUGGGAAGUUUCUGGACGAGGAGCGGCUGCUGAAGGAGUAUCCUCUCCCUCCCAUAACACCCAUCCCAUACCUGGAGUUUCGUUACAAGAGACGAGUUUAUACGCAGAGCUAUGUGGACGACAAACAGCUGGCCAAACUCCACACCAAGGGUAACCUGAAGCGGUUUAUGGAACAUGUCCAUCAGAAGAAUGUGGAGAAGGUUUCCAAAUGGUUGGAAAAGGGCCUGGACCCAAACUUCCAUGACUCCGACACCGGAGAGUGUCCCCUCACUUUGGCGGUCCAGCUGGAGGAGAGCUGUGAGUUGAUUAAAGCUCUUCGCAGUGGAGGAGCUCACCUGGACUUCAGGACCAGAGACGGGAUCACCGCUCUGCACCGCGCCGUUCUGUGCAGGAACAGCGCAGCGCUCACUACCCUGCUGGACCUCGGAGCGUCUCCAGACUAAGACAGCAGAGGUCUGACUCCUUUAUAUCACUCUGCCAUGGUGGGUGGCGCCCCCUACUGCUGUGAGCUGCUACUGCAGGACCAUGCCACUAUAGGGAUGACUGAUGAGAACGGAUGGCAGGAAAUCCACCAGGCGUGUCGCUAUGGUAACGUGCAGCACUUGGAGCACCUGCUGUUCUACGGCGCUGACAUGAGUUCCCAGAAUGCAUCGGGGAACACCGCACUACAUCUGUGUGCUCUGUACAACCAGGACAGCUGUGCCAGAGUGCUGCUGUUCAGAGGUGCCAAUAAGGACAUAAAGAACUACAAUAACCAGACUGCCUUUCAGGUGGCGAUCAUCGCUGGGAACUUUGACCUUGCGGAAAUCAUUAAGAUCCAUAAAUCCUCUGACGUUGUAGUUCCUUUCAGAGAAACGCCGUCAUACACAAAGCGCCGCCGAGUGGGAGUGACCAGGACCCCCGCUGGAAACGGUCUCGCCUCACCACGCUCUCUGAUUCGCUCAGCCAGCGACAAUGCUCUGGAAAGCCCCGCCUCCUCUCCUGGCCCCUCCCUCACAAAGUCUGAGACACACCACGACACUCACACACAUUCGCUAAGAAGGCACACACGCCGGCUCAGCAUGACCUUUGACCCAGCCGCCCUCUCUGUCUGCAGCCCAAGUGGUGGAGGUCAUGUCGAGUCCAGCCCGCCCUCCUCCCCUCCCCUCACCCCUCAGAUGAGGAAGAGACGGCUGUACAGUGCUGUUCCUGGCCGAACCUUCAUUGCCACCCGGUCCCACGUUCCUCAAGGACCCGGAGAGAUCCAGCUCCACCGAGGAGAGAGGGUCAAAGUGCUGUCGAUCGGUGAAGGAGGAUUCUGGGAAGGCAGUGUGAAAGGAAGAACCGGUUGGUUUCCCGCCGACUGUGUUGAAGAAGUCCAGAUGAGACAGUACGAUCCAAGACUGGAAACGAGGGAGGAUCGCACCAAGAGGCUCUUCAGGCAUUAUACUGUAGGUUCCUAUGACAACUACACCUCCUACAGUGACUAUGUAAUUGAGGAGAAGACGGCCGUGCUGCAGAAACGAGAGAGCGAGGGAUUUGGCUUUGUUCUCAGAGGAGCUAAAGCUGAGACGCCCAUCGAGGAGUUUGCCCCCACCCCGGCUUUUCCAGCUCUGCAGUACCUGGAAUCAGUGGACCAGGGGGGUGUGGCCUGGCGGGCGGGGCUGCGGACUGGAGACUUCCUCAUAGAGGUGAACGGUACCGACGUGGUGAAGGUCGGCCACAGGCAGGUUGUCUCUCUGAUCCGCCAGGGGGGCAGCCACCUGCUGAUGAAGGUCGUCUCUGUUUCGCGGAAAUCAGAAUCCAACCUGAUCAGGAAGAAAGCUCCACCCCCUCCAAAACGAGCACCCAGCACGUCGUUGACGCUGCGUUCCAAGUCGAUGACGGCUGAUCUGGAGGACAUAGCCAGGAGGAGACGCUUCGAGAAACUGGAUGAGAUGUUGGCAGGAAGUCCACCGAAAGUUGUUCUGAGGCCCCGCCCACCAGACACCGACUUCAGAGCAGCGACCGUCAAACAGAGACCAACCAGCCGUCGAAUUACACAGGCUGAGAUCAAUUCAUUGUUUGAGCGUCAGGGUCUCGUGCCGCCAACAGCUCCAGAGAAGACCAUCAUGCUGUUACCCCGAGGAAUGUCCAGAACCAAGAGCUUUGGCACACCUGAGGACGACAGGAUCACAGCAUUGAUCAAUGAAAGUCGAUUUCCUCGGAGCUCAUCCCUGACUGACAGCUUCAUCCCUCCUCCUCCUCAGACAGCCCCGCCCCCUCCUCCUUCUGCCUCUUCCACCCCCUCACUCUACCUCCUGGACUCUGGGCCUCCACCUUCUUUCCUUCCCCCUCCUCCCCCUGCCAGAGGGGAGGGGCUAACCCGGUCUAGCUUUAAGCCCGGGGCAGAGCCUAGGCUUCAGGAGCUUUCUGAUUCACCCACAAGGAGCCACGCCUACGCUGAGCGACAGAGAAAGGCAAGAUCCAUGAUCAUCCUGCAGGAUACACCGCCGCCACUGCAGGCUGAUGGACAUGCCACGCACACACUGCACACCGCCACACACACUGCAACACACACACUCCACACCGCCACACACACCUCCACACUGUCUCUCCACAGCACAAGCCCUGCCCUCGGCCACUCACCACUGUCUCGUCGCCGGGGUCGACCAAUAGAAAACCCUUACGCUAACAUGGGACAGCAGGCUCCACCCACCAAACCUCAAAGGAGAAAGUCCCCUCUGCUGAAACAAACUCCUGUAGAGGAGCAGGGUCUUACAAUCAAAGAUCAUGAUGCAAAUAAGCAAGAAGGGGGUGGGCCCAGCAGCCCCAGUCGCGCAGAGUUGUACCAGCAGCAGGUUCUUUCUGAGCGGGCUCGUGUCCAGGGGCGAAGGUCAUCCCUCUUCCUGUCUGUAGAGGGGGCAGGGUCAGAAAACCAGACUCCGCUCCUCCUGACUCAGAGCCAUUCCAUGGAUGAUCUCGGAGAGCUUCCGCCACCUGCACCGGUUUUGUCGCCUUCACCAACACCUCACACGUUCCUCCACCCGCUAACAGGAAAACCGUUGGACCCUUCCUCACCACUCGCCCUGGCUCUUGCUGCAAGAGAACGAGCACUCACCGCCCGCACACCGAGCCCUGAGCCUCAGACUAAACACACCUCUACUUCCACGACACCUAUCCCCACGCCAGCCACCAGUCCCGAAGGCAGACACAAGCGCACCCCUGUCACCACCCCGCAGAGCAGCCCUGAGCCGCGGUCCAAGCGGACCACCCCUCAUACGAGCCCUGAACAGCGAACCAAACACACCACUCCCCAGACCAGUCCUGAGCUGAGACAAAAACGCAUAACCCCGCCUCUUUUCCCUGAUGGACACGUGGAGCGUCCUGAAACAGAAGGAGGAGUGACUUCACCAGGUGGACCUUCCCCUGAACGCUGGAGACCCACCCCCUUGUCAACUCUGACCAAUGAGAGCCACUCUGCUCUGCUCGAUCGGCGCAGAAGCCUCACAGUGGGCAGCUCAGAGGAAGAGGGAGGGGCUUACACAGUGACACUCCCUCCAGCAUUGCUGUCAUCGAGUGAUGAAGAGACAAGGGAGGAACUCCGCAGAAUUGGCCUGGUGAGUCCACCUCCUGCCUUUGCCAGUCCUCCACCGCACCCUCCCCCUUCAUCCCUCACCUUGUUGCCAAGACUUGUUGGGGAGGGAGGAGGUGGGGAGAGUGGGCCAGACUCCCUGGGACGACGAGGUGAAGAGGAAGAAACGGGAGAUGAAAGAGUUCACGAAAGCUCCUCUUCCCCCAGCUCACUUCCACCCUCCAUUACCCUGGCCUCUCCUCCUGCCCCUUCUUCCCCUUCUUCUCCUCCUGCCACUCAUCCUUCUACCUCCCCAUCAGCCCUGAAGCCUCGGCUUCGUUCCCCCAUAGGCCGGGGUCGUUCGGCCCUCCGGGACCCGCUCCUGAAGCAGUCGUCUGACAGCGAGCUGCUGCCCUCCACUGCGUCUACUUCUUCCCCGUCCUCUCCGCUCUCUUCCUCCCCAACCAGUGGUGGCGGAUGGCAGCCACGCUAUCUGUUCCAGAGGAGGUCAAAGCUGUGGGGGGGCGGAGAUGACCGCAGUGAGGAACGCCGGGCUUUCAGCCCAGGGGAUGGAGGAGGCCGUCCAGCAGCACUGGGUGGUCAGGGAUCAGCAUCAGCUGUAGACCUGACCACCCGGUCGGCGUCGGCAUUGGAACUGAGUGGCAGAGCCGGCUCGGGACUGGAUCUCGCUAAUCGCCUCCAGUUGCUGAACAAAGACAGUCACUCCCUGGGGGAGGAGCCAAGUCCACUUGACCCAGGCCGGAGAUCACCUGUCGGAGGUGCCAGAUGUCUGGACAGUGGGGAGAAUAAAUCGUUGUUCUCCAGUCUUGGUGAACUUCACACCAUCUCCCAACGUGGAUACGGCGCCAGCUACACAGUCCGACCAGGAAGUCGCUACCCUGUCACCCGUCGGAGCCCUUCUCCUUCACCCUCUGAUAGGUCAAUGGGGCUUGGCUCCUCCCCCAUAUCCUGUGCUGAAAGACCAGAUCUGAGUUCAGGGCGUGGCCUAACAAUCUUGAAAUCAUCCAGUCUCAGUCUCCCCUCAGAACCGAAAGAGGUUCGGUUUGUGAUGCGAAGCGCCAGUGCUCGGACCAGGUCCCGUUCACCCUCACCUUCACCCCACGCUUCUCCCUGUCCAUCACCUGUCCUCAGUGGGCCCCUGUUGGCCCUUCGGCCAUGGAGACAGCGGCCCCUGAACCUGUGGAAUAAAUAUGAUGUAGGGGACUGGUUGGAGAGCGUGGGCCUGGCUGAACACCGCCAGCGCUUCCAAGAACAUGAAAUCGAGGGUUCGCACCUGCCCGCCCUCACCAAGGAUGACUACAUGGAGCUGGGCGUCACCAGACUGGGACACCGAAUCAACAUUGAGCGGGCACUCAGACAGCUGCUAGAUGGAUCCACUUGACCUUUCGUAACCUCUAGAUACCCUGAACUGUGACCUCAUGACCUUUAUGGUCAAAAAUUAGGCCAUCAUCUUGACUAGGACAUGUUAGCAGUGAACCUUCUGGCUUUUUAAGAAGUCUGGAGUCCAGCUUGCUUUUGAGAAAUGUUGGUGACAUAGUGGUUUAUUACCUGUUUGAUUAGCUCUGCCUUGUGAAACAAGAACACUUGUAGCUCUGAUCUCUGUGUCCGGUAGUUAGCUUUCGUACCACAGGAGCGCGUUGACGAAUUGUCUUGAUUUCAACCAACUUAGUAAUGAGGGCAAAGGAAAAGAACAAGGUUUGAGUAGAUAAUACUGUAUUCCAAUGUAACCUCAACUGUUCCCUGUGUGGGGACUAAGGGCACGUUAACGAACUUCCCGGGGACAUCAGUAUGGCUCCUCUUGGCAGUGUAUCUAGAAACUGUGUCAAGGGUGAAACUAACCAUAAAACACGGUCAAACGUCUGCUCAUUCAGUAACAGUGCUGGACUCUGAGGAUAAAACACAUAAACUAGUUAAUGGAUACAAAUGAAGUGUAAAAUACAUCAAAUGCUAAUGAAAGAUGUCAAACGAACUUCAGAAAUAAAUAUCUCACAAGAGAUAGAAGUGAGACUAAAAUCUGUGUGGGUUGGAAAGGUCAAUGUGUCAAAGUUAACCAAUAUGGUGAGAAAUGCUCAUCUUUCUGUUGACUUAAACAACUUACCAGAUGGUAAAAUUGCUAGUUAGCUUUACCCGUCUGUCUGCAGCAAUAUCUUCAAAAUGCUAAUUCAAUCAGACUUGUUGGAUAAACUCGUGGAUCAUCCUCUCACGAAACGGGGCAUGUCAAAGGUCAGGGUCAUAUCAGAGGUCAUUGUCUAAAAUGCGUUAAUGACCGUAUCUCAGGAACUAGAUGAGAUGUUGAAACGUGAUUUUCUGCAGACUUCUGCUCCCCUGAGGCUAAUAGACGUGCCAGUGACAACAUGACAAGUGAAAUUGAAAAAUUUGAUGUAUACAAAAAAAUUCAGUCUUUGUGAAAGAUGUCAUAAAACAAAUUUCUGCAUCCGCUUGGGCUUCUCGCAUGUGUUGCUACGCACACGUCAGCUAAAAUGUCGUGUUAUAAUAUGAAACUGAAUUCUAUUGGUGAAGAAAACAACCUUUAUAUUUAAUAUCAAACUGAUUUGGUGCAGCUGCUGCAUCACGGCUAGCAGCGGCAACACUGCGAUGCCUUGUUGUGAUUUAGGAUUAGAGGUCUUGCAAUUGUAAGCUUAUACUCUCCGUAAAAAAAAGUUGCAGUGUUGUUAGCAUAUAGCCGCUAAGCUAACUACUGGUGGACACAGAGGUCAGAUCCGGUCUAAAGCUGAUCAAAGAGCUUUUUGGGAGACUACCAACAGGAGACGGGUUCGAUUCCUGGUGCCAUUCUGCUUCCCUAAAUGUUUGCUGAGCAUUAGGAUAUUUUUUUUCCUGGUCAGAAAGUUCUUGUGACUCAGCAUUUUUUUUUCCAGAUAUAUCACAGAAGAUUUAUGUUUGAUUUCAUAUAUUAACGCAGAUCAUUUAGAAUUUCUGAAUAACAAUAAUAAUGUGGUGGUGAUGACUUUAUAAUUCCUUAUGAUUUGACAUGAGUUGAAGUUGGAGGUGACGUUGGUGAACUUGUUAAAGCGUAUGACUUUGUGUUGAUGUGCUGUGUGUUUCAGGGAGAGCUGCGGCGGCGGAGCUCCAAAACUCUGGUUUCUAACCGGCUAAUCGAGGGCUGACUGUACGCGGUGCUAUGUGUCUAAAGCCAUCUGUACAGAUAAUUAACUUUCCCCUUCUAGUCCUUCACAAGGACCCGGUCACACUAGCAAUUUACAACAGUCAUUUCUUUUCAGCAUUCAGUUUUGUGCCCCACCAUUUUUGUCUCAUCAGCGUGGAGUUAUAUUCUGUAAAUAUCUAAAUUACUUUGUAAACCAACUGGGCAACACAUUUACAGAACAUAUUUGCCUGCAAACAAGCUGCAUAGUGAGCUAGUUACAAGUGGGCUAGCUAGCUAGCUUGCUUGGAGAUACUUUGUACCUACUGUGCUAGGCUAGCUUGUUUCUUAGCCCACGCAUCAACAGUUACUUGAAGGAAAUGUACUUGCACUAUCCACUUCUAUAUUGACCUGUUUUUCAAACAGUGUAUACUCGGGUAAAGCAGGAUUUUCUCAAAUAGUUCAUGUAACAUGGCUAGCUAACAUGCUAGCUAUUUCAUAUAAGCGUGAUUCAGAUCCUUUAAUAUAAAAGUGUUCCAAUUUAUUUCUUUUAAACAAGAGGUAAUCUUCAGCGGCCUCAGGUGAAGCCCACCCGGAAGAUGAAAAAGUUUCAGUUCCUUGAGUGGCCACUUGAGGCUUGCUCCAAAGCGAGCAGUUUCCCAUUCACAUGCAUGUUAAAAUGUCCAAGAUUAGAGCAGAAAUAAGCAUGUUUAAAGCCUUGGUCUCUGUAGAUAGUUAUUUCCUCCUCCAUGACAGCUGUUUUAAGAUGUCAUGGAUGUUUUAAGAUGUUUUAAGCCAUAAAGUUAUGCCUGAUUGGGAUGUGGUCACUUUGAGUGGCAGUGACUGAGCAGAGAUACGAAUCUCUUAGCACUAGCUACUCGCAGUUGUGGAGGCUGUGUCUGUGGAUUUGACCAUUUUAUGACAAAUACCUGGAAAAUAAUAUGGCUUGUUGUGUAGUGAGAUGUCUUAACGGAUCAUCUUAAGAUUUCCCUGCUGCAAUAUUGGCACAGUCUUUUUUAAUGUGUACUAAUGGCGUUAGCACUUUUAGCAGCUAUCGGUGGCAUGAUCCAUUCGGCCCCUUUAAUGCACAUUUACUGAGAAAAUAAGUGGCUCAUAACUUUUAAUGUAAACACCAAAGCAAAUUGUUACGAGAACCAUUGCAUAGUCCUCAAAAUAUGAUUUCAUAAACAUUGAACUGAGCCUGUUAGUUUAGCUGGUUUUGAUUAAAAGAUGGGGUGAUGCCGUGGCGACGCCUGGACACAGGCUUCAUGUCAGCUGUUCUGGGUCUCUAUAGAAAACCGAUGGGUGACAUCAUGCAGGCUUUGUCCAAUAUACAUACAGUUUAUGGUUUUAAAUUUAUGCUCCACUCAACAAAUUGAUUUUGGUCUGAAAUUUUCCUGUUUAAAAAGAAUACUAGUGUGACCGGCCCCUUCCAGCAAAGACCUAAAACUUCUAACUGAAACCUUAUAAUUUGUUAUUUCUGAAACAGUCGGUUAAUUUAAGGCUUUAUCGACCCUUAUGCUUUAAAAGUAACUCAGCAGGAAAUGGCCAAAUAUGGAGUUUUCUUCCUGCCAUAUAUGGAGACUCCGUCACACCUACUAUUGUUUGUUGUUAUCAAUAAUCUGAGGUUUUUUUUUUUCAUUUAAAUAUAUUCAUUCAUAUUGUGUUAAUAAAACCAGUGUUGCUAAAACUUUCAGGAUAUCACAAAAAAGCUGAAUGCAACACUGAAUGUGUUUUCCUUAUUAAAGAAAAAAACAUUGAAAUAGUUAAGAUUUUCUAUAAAAUUAUUAACUGAACAACUAUUACAGUUCUACUACACAAUAAUGUUUGUAAAACUUGGCCAAUUUUCUAUCAGGAUUCUCCAAAAUGAAGUAAUCCUGUAAUUCUGAUAUUGCAAAACUUCAGUUUUCAUCAUCUUACACAAACUAUUGAAUAUUUAGCUUCUUUUUUGUCAUUACUGUGAUCGAAAAUCAAUACCUAGCUAGGCCAGCAGUGCAGGGAAAAGAUACAACUUCAAAACUCACAUUUCCAAAUAGUUCAUUAGCUAACACGUUGGACAUUAUUCCAUCCAGGUUUUUGGAAAUUACACAAUUGUGUAAAAACACUAUUUCUGCAGAAAGGGAAAUGAAGUAAACUUAUGUUCUUAUAACUAACAAGUGGAAGCCGAAAGAUUUUGUCUUAUGUAGCUUAUCGAGGAAACCAUGAUGGAAAUCUGGUACUAACAAAACAUUAAUAUAAACAGCUCAUAUGAGCCAAGUGCUUAUCUUAGCCCAAGCUAGAGUAUGCUAGCUAGUUGGAAAUGCCUUUAAAAUAAGUUGAUCGUGAGUUCAGAAAUGAGUUACCACAAGUUGUUGUGGCAAAAAAGAUCCUCCCAGGAAAAAAGCGACAGAGCCUAAAAUAAAAAGGACAAACAAAAGACCACUUAAUCAUAAAAAACUUUUCUGUAAGAAAUGUUAAUUAAAAAAGAUAAAGAAUAUGGAUAAUUCAGAUACUGACUUUAUAGACAAAAAUAUUUUAAGUAAAAAGAUGUCAUGUUUAAAAGUAAAUAGGUUGUUCUUCAGAGAAAAGCUUCAAGACAAUCAGCAAUAUUUUAUUUUCAAUAAAUCAAAGAUUAAAAGUAAUCAAAUCGCAAAAUUAAAGUCCUAUUUUUUACAAAAGCAAAAAAUAUACUGUGCUGUAAUCAAUGAAUUUGUACAGUUAUAAGAUUAAAGUGAAUAUUUGUUAGUGAAGCAGUUCUGUUUUGGAAUAAAGUCAUAUUUCUGAAAUGAAAGUCAUUGUUUUUAGAAUAAAGACACAAGUAUGAUUAAUGUAAGAAAAACCUUUAGUGUAUUCAUAAGAAUUCAUAUUCAUUCAUAAAACUUUAUUUUUAGCAUAAAGUUGAAACAAAAAGGUCUUUUUAGGCUUUUUUAGACUAAAGUUAUUCAAUUAUUGUUGGAGAAGACAAUUGGUUUUUCAGUUAAAAACAGUAGUGUAUAAAAUGAUAAAUAAAGUGUAACUUUUUGGAAUGAAGUCAUAACAUUAAAUUGUAAAAUUGUAAGAUGAGUUUUCAGAAUAAAGUCUACAAUUAUGGUAAAAAAUAUGCAGUUAAAAAUGAUUGAAAUCAGGCUUCAGCAUCUCCCUUUUUCUACUCAUUUAUUUUACAAUCUCUUUUUUAAAGACUUUGUUCUAGUAAUAGUUUUUUUCUUACAUCUUAUUUGUAGUAGCUCACUGCUGAUUGGCUGACGGUUGCUGGUUUUGCUGGUUUUCUCCUUUAGCUUCCUCUUUUUACAGUAUGGUUGUAGUUUUGAGUGAGUGACGUAUCUGUAGGUUUUAUUUUUCCUUUUCUAACACUGAAGAGCACAAAAUAACACCGAGGCGCUCUGGAGCACAACAGAUUGUAAUCUUUAUAAUAAACGCUCAUUUAUUACAAA